AUGUUCUCUUCUUCUCCUCUCCCACAGUUACAUUGCAAGCUCUUUGCAAAGAUGGGCGACGACCGGCCUUUUGUGUGCAACGCUCUCGGCUGUGGACAGAGGUUUACCAACGAGGACCACCUGGCUGUACACAAACACAAGCAUGAGAUGAGUCUAAAGUUUGGCCCUGCCAGGACAGACUCUGUCAUUAUCCAAGACCAGACCCCUACUCCCACUCGCUUCCUGAAGAACUGUGAGGAGGUGGGGCUGUUCAACGAGCUGGCGAGCUCCUUCGCUGAGGAGUUCAGGAAGGCCCAGGAGGACGACGACAAGCGGGCCAAGAACCCUCUGCCUGCCCCCCACAGAGAGGUGGCCCUACACAUGAGCUUGCAGACACCGUCAGCAGAAGCCAUGAAGGUGAAGGAGGAGGAGCCUGUGGAGGUUGACUCUUCCCCACCAGGAAGUCCUGAUUCCUUCUCCAGCAUGUCAGACAGCAGCAGGGAUGCCAUGGACACUCCCCCGAGGUCAGUGCUGAGUUCUGCCCCCACCCCCACCAUCGUGAGGCACGGUGCACUCCCUAUGCGUCCCAGACCAGGCUCUCUGCCACUCCACUUGGGCUUUGACGCCCUGCAGCCCACCAUGCCUUCACCCACCUCCGUCAUCACACCCACCCCACCCUCCAACCGCACCCUGCUGGGCUCUCCCACUGGCCACUACCCCGUGAUGAUGCACCUUACCAAUGGGCUCCUGCCUGGUCCUAUGCAGAUACCCUCUGUCAUUUCUCUGGCCCGGCCCAUGCACAUGGUGCCCAACAUUCCCGGCAUCCCUGGUCCUCCUCUGGGAGGUGGCAGCAGCGGCUCCCACUCCGUGUACACCACACACUCUGAGGCCAAGAUGAGGCUGAAGGCAGCACUAGCACAGCAGAGUUUAGGGGGUCAGAUGGGGGGGGUGGCCGGCAGCCCCAUGCACCCCCAGAGGAUGGAGCAGAGCCAGCUAUUGGUGCAGCACCCAGACGCACCCUCCCCCGCACAGCCACAGGUGUCUCCGGCUCAGCCUACCGGUGGUCGGCGGCGCCGUGCCGCGGGGGACGACCCGGACGAUAGACGGCAGCGGUUCCUGGAGCGGAACCGGGCAGCCGCCUCGCGCUGCCGACAGAAACGCAAAGUCUGGGUCAACUCUCUGGAGAAGAAGGCCGAGGAGCUCUCCUCCAUGAACGUCUCCCUGGCGAAUGAGGUGUCUCUACUGAGGAAUGAGGUGGCUCAUCUCAAACAGCUGCUGCUGGCUCAUAAGGACUGCCCUGUCACCACUCGACAGAAGAGUAUGGGAGAAGACAGCAUAAUGAAAGACAUGUCGGAGCCCACCGGCUCCACAGCACCCGUCAUCCAGCACAGCUCACUGCCCAGUCCCUCUCCUUCCUCGGGCCCCAACGGCGUAAGGAUCCGGGCGGCCGCCGAGGCCAUGUCUGUGCUGGCCAGGAUGGGUCAACACCACCAGCACCAGCAGAGGAGAGAAGAGAGGGAUGGAGGGAGAGACGUGAGGGAUGGACCCUCCUCCCACAUCAUCAUGGCCACACAUUUGCACCACUCUGCCAGAUGAUGAGCAUAUCACACACCACAGCCCAGGACUGUACGGUUCACACAGCACCAGGCAACACCCUACAUGGGCAGAAGGAGAGCACAGGAGACGGUAGUGGAGGAAGAGAGCAACUCAAAAAAAAAGUAAUGCCUUCCUAGUCAAAUAAACCUUCUCAGGUGAGCAGAGGAGUAGUUACAUGAUACAACCCUCCCUCCUCUACUCUCUGCCCGUGCUGUGUCAGCCACUUUUGUGUCAGGCCUGGAGCCUUGCUGGAGCUCAGCAACAACAGCCUUCUGGGAAUAGACUGGGACGAUAGAAGAGGAAGAGCUUCUUGUUCUGUUCAAUAUGCCAUAUAUAGACUAUAUACAGGGUUUGGACUCAACACCACUCGUAUUCCCCUCUACAACCCUCUCGCCUUGCCUCAGCCUCUAUGAACUUCACUGGACUGUAGGACUGCAUAGCAUCGUCCCGAGUGUCGUAACUGUCAUUGUGAUAAACUCGGAUACUCAGACUCUAACACACGGUAACACACACAUACCAGACACAUAUAGUCAGCGUUAACAUCGAAUUGAUUCGUGUUUGUUGUUUAUCAAGUGAUAUACCAAAGCCCUGAUCACUGCAGGGGUCCAUACUAUUGUAACAGGGGGUUGUGGCCUUGCUCUCCUGCACAUGUUGACUCGUUUUAUUCACACACAAAAAUGGGUUUUAAUGAUUGAAGCUCCAACUCCAUAGAUGCAAUAGUUUUGUAUACUCUAAAAUGUUUUCAAUUUGAUAUGUUGAAUCCCUAGCAGUUUUGUAAGCGAUUUCAUUGAGGAUCUGUCGCAGUUGUUCACGAAAAAGCUUGACCUUAUUUUUAGCCCUUUAUGAUGCGUUUGUGUGUGUGUGUGUAUAUAUGUAUGUACAUCAAGCAGUUUGUUGAUUCAAGGUCUGAUAAAACAAGAUCUGGUUUGGUAGCA